AUGAGUACUCCUCCAUACAAUGUACCGUUUGGUGACGUAAAUGGCAUUAUCAGCAAGUUGGAAUGCGAACAAGCCAGGCAACGGGCAGUCGACCGGGAGACAACACCAGAAGCAAUCUUCCAAACGGACGCGAAGCAUUCGUACAAGUUGGAAUGCGAAUUGCUGCACGCAAAAUAUGAAGACGACGAGAUUGAUAGAAUUCGCCUAGGCAUCGCCGAUUCCAAAUACUGGCAAAAGGACGCUGAUUCCGCCGCCCAUUGCUUAUUGACUGCGUUGCUCGCCAAAUCGCGCAAGAGGCAUACUACUGAUGGAGUGACCGACUUUAGGAGCAUGAGUACGGAGCUCAGGCGUCUCUCGGAAGAGCAGGGACAGAGCUCGCAGCAGUUUCGCCGACAAAGAGACACAAUCACUGACGAGCAGUACUGGGAAAAGGAAGCCGAGCAUUUCAAGCGUGAGUCAGCUCGCCGCGAGUUUGAGACGCGAGAGAAAUGGAGAAGCGACCUUGGGGCCAUCCUGAGCCCUGCUCAGAGUGAAAGCGACGAUGGAGGUAAAACUGCAACUCAAGAAUUUCUCCAUUCUCGGGAAACGAUGCCUUCUGUUAUGCCAAAAGAAUGUUAG